GUCGAUUAAUCAUCAAUAUACAUUAUCCUUUACUGCCUAGAAGCCACAAUGCAUGACGAAAAGGCUACUCGAAAUAAGCUAGGCAAACCAACCACCCACAACAGACAUACCGAAAGCCAUGUCAUUGGUGAAAUCUCAGCUUUGGCAGAUUCACUCGUCCAACGAAUGUUGGCUUGCUUCGACGACAAUUAUGGAUUCUCGUCUGCGAGCUGUCAAAUAUACGACACCGCUUGGGCUGCAAUGAUUAUUAAGGAGACAGACAGAAAGAAGCGAUGGCUCUUCCCCGAGUGUUUUCAUUACUUGCUACGAAACCAGGCAGAUGACGGCAGUUGGAGUAUCGACGUCAGAUCCCAAACAGUAGGCAUACUUAACACAUCUGCGGCUCUGCUUGCGCUUUGCCGGCAUGCUGCAGAGCCAUUGCAAAUAUCAGACUACUCCGAAAACGAGCUGGUAGCACGUAUUCGAUUGGCUGCCCAGUCGCUCGGCGCCCAGCUCGCAACAUGGAAUGAUAUACUGACCUCCAACCAUAUUGGCGUGGAGUUGAUCAUGCCCGCGCUGCUCAAAUACCUUCAGCAGGCGGACCAAUCACUAUGUUUUGAUUUCGAGGCUAGGAAAACCCUUGAACGCAUGUCUGCGGCAAAACUUUCCCGAUUCAGCCCUGAAAUGUUAUAUGAACAGCGCCCUUCUUCAGCUGUGCACUCGCUGGAAGCUUUCAUUGGUAAGAUCGAUUUCGACAAGAUUCGUCACCAUCUAUUUGACGGAUCUAUGAUGGCGUCCCCCUCCUCUACAGCCGCUUAUCUUAUGUAUUGUAGCACUUGGGAUGAGGAAGCCGAGCGUUACAUGCAACACGUUGUCAAGGCAGGGGCCGGCCAUGGCGAUGGGGGAGUCGCCGGCACAUUUCCCAUUCAUUAUUUCGAGUUUAACUGGGUUCUGGCGACACUUUUGCAUGCCGGAUUCGACAUGUCUGCUUCUGACAGCCCUACUGUAGACAAAAUUGUAAGUAUUGUGAGGAGAGGUUUUGCUCAGGAUCGUGGAGUGAUUGGUUUUGCGCCUCGCGCUAUUGACGUCGAUGAUACCGCCAAAGGCCUCUGGGUUUUAAAGAACUUGGGAAAAGAUAUCGACGUCUCGCCUGAGGUCAUGAUCAAGAUCUUCGAGAAAGAAGACGCAUUUGCUACAUUUGGCGGUGAGCGCGAUCGCAGCAUCAGUUCGAACUGUCAUGUUCUCCUAGCCCUUUUGUCAUGGAACGAUGGACUGCGACAUGCGUCACAGAUUCGUAAGGCGGCAACCUUCGUCUGUGAGAACUGGUGGAAUCACGAGGGCCAGUUUCGGGAUAAAUGGCAUCUGAGCCAUCUUUAUCCAACAAUGCUCAUGGUUCAAGCAUUCACAGCGUUACUCCGAAAUCUAGAUGAUUCAACAACCAAGUUUCUCACUGAGGAGCUAGUCCUGAAAGUAUCCAUAGCGUUGUUUCAAGCCUGCACCCGUACGCUUUUUGAGCAGCGAGAAGAUGGUUCCUGGGAGGGUUCGGCAGAGCAAACAGCCUACGCAAUUCUCACUUUGGCAAAAGGCCGUCAUUUGUACUUCCUCGGGGAUUUACGCUCUCGAAUGACGCAGGCCAUCGUAAAAGGGGCUGCUUUCUUGGAUAGUUGCAACCCCAAGCUGCCCGAACGCUACUGGACUUCGAAGACUAGUUAUUCAGUACAAUUUGUGUUCGAAGCUUAUGUACUGGCUGCGUUGAAAGUCUCAACUUCCUUGGAAAAUAAUAAACGAGACGUUGGCCGCUUCGUUGGCCUAGGCGACCGCGUAUCAAAGUUGAGGUCCUUCACGCCGCUCUUGCAGCGCACUCCCCUCUUUUCGGAAGUUCCAGAAUGGCAGAUAUGGGCUUCUCUACUUGAAUCCGCCUUGUUUGUCCCACUCAUACGGGCUCGACGGCUUGGAGUGUUUCCAAGAGAUAGCAUCAACAUGACCAAAGAUUCUUAUCUUGACAUCAUCCCAUUUACUUGGAUUGGAUGCAAUAAUUUGUCAAAGAAUUUUGCUCCAACUACCUUCAUGUUCGACAUGAUGAUGAUCUCUAUGUUGGGCUUCCAGCUUGAUGAAUUCAUGGAAUCAGUGGCAGCUUCUGCUUUCUCACACAAUCCGAAAGCUCUGCAUUCACUAAUUGAUCUUGCAACAAACAAAGCAGCACAUCAUAUAAAUAAAAACUCUAUUGGAAACGGUGCACAUGACGUGCCCGACGGAGAAGUAUAUGAACCGGUAUAUGAACCGCUCUAUCGUUUUUCUCUCCACGUGUUAGGGCACGAGAGUAUUCGUGCUGCAAGCCCUGAAGACAACAAACGGAUGGAGCGGGAGCUCAAACAUUAUCUGCAUGCACACGCAACCCAGGCAGAAGAUAACGCUAGAUUCUCUCGACAGCUUCAGGACAGCCGAGGCCAGUCUUACGAUAGCGAGCUCCCUUUCUUUCAAUGGGUGCGAACGCUAGCUGCCGACCACGUUGGCGUUGCUUUGCCUUUUGCAUGGGCGUGCUGCUGGAUCUCGAGCAAUUUUGGCAGUGGUGCUGAUGCCUUCCCAAGCCCUUUGGAGAGAUACGUAGUUGCUGCCGUAGAGCGACACUUGAGCACGUUGUGCCGGAUGUUUAACGACCUGGGUUCUGUGGCUCGAGACAAGGAUGAGGGUAACCUCAACUCUAUCUGCUUCCCAGAAUUUGACAAAGUGCAUCCAAACGAUCUGGAAGCAAAGAAACAAGCUUUGACGUCUUUGGCAGAGUACGAGCGAAGCUGUCUUCGACAGGCGCUGGAUUCACUAGAGCGAGCAGUCGGGGACGCACCUGAUGGUAAUUCAGAAGCACUAUUCAGCCAGCACAAACUGGGAACUAUUAGGUACUUCUGCGACGUCGGAGAACUCUACAACCAAUUGUACGUUUUGCGCGAUUUCUCGGCGACUAUCGUUCAACAACAACCUGGUGGUUUGGAAGUGAAUAAAGGUUAACCUACUGUACUAUGACUUGCCAAAUCUUGGCCAUUCAAGUUGAAGCACCGAGCAAAUUUAGAAAGAAUAACACGUAUAUUGUUAGUGAUAAUGUCAAUGUUAGGCAAGUUUUAUAAAGAACUUGUGUCGUACUACUUGGGUCG